UCUUAUGCCACUCUUAUGUUUUCUUUUUAUUAUCGAAUUAAUUUUAAAUAGAGAAAGUGAGUAAAUUACAUAAAACCCAGACGAAAAUAAGUAUAUUACGACCCAACCAAACAAUCCGAAUCCAGUCCAUAAGAAAAUAACCCGACCCAUACAAAAUCCCCAAAUUUACCCUAAUCCCCUAAUUCUGAAAAUUUCUCUAAGUAAAACUCAAAACCGUAAAAAUCGCUUUCACUACUCUUCUCUCUGUCUCCGAGUUCUCUCUGUACUCUCGCGAAUCUCCGUCGCUUCUUUUCCGUUUUCGUUGUCUCCGGAGUAUCGUCGUCUCCGCCGUCUUCUUCUAGCGUGGGAACUUCGUACUCCAUCAUUCGUCUCCUCCGUCUCCUCCUCGGUGGUUUGUCUUUUCGUCUCCUCCGACUCCGUUCAGCGUGUCUUCGUCUCGUUCUUAUAUGGCUCGCGUGAAAGGUGGAGAUAACAGGGUAUAUGAAUCAACAGAAGGGUCUCGAGAAGGGGCUGCAAAUCCGGAUCCAACAGAAGCUUCGACGGACGCUUCAGUUCCAACAGAAGCUUCGACGGACGCCGCAGUUCCAAAAGAUGCUCCGACGGAUGACGCUUAUCCAACAGAAGCUCCAAUGGAUGCCGCUGUAAUUGGUCCACAGUGGAAUCCGCAGAAGCAGCCACCGAAUUAGUAGUUUUUUCGGUUCCGGAAUUGUCUGAUAAAGAAGAGAAAGAAGAAGUCGGUGAGCAUGAUAAAGAAGUCCGUGAGUUGUCAAUUGAUGGUCAGGGUUGUGAUAACGAGGAAGAAGAGAGAGUUGUUGAUUCUGAGGGUGAAGAUGUUGCUGGUGAUAAUGAGGAGGAAGAUGUUGCUGGUGUUGUGAAGGUAAGUAACAGUUUGUAUUUGUUGUAUAUGGUGUUAAAGGUAAGCAACAGACAUAGUUGUACUCAGUUGUAUGUGUUUGAAUAUGCAGAAUAUAGUUGAUGAUAUUGCUGUUGAGGAAGAGGAAGAGGAGAGGGUUAAUGAUGUUGCAGCUGAUACAGAUGAGGAUGAUGAUGAUGAGGAAUCCCAACCACUGCCGCCAGAGAGCAUGUACUUUAGUCCAACUGAGUACAACAAGGUAUGUAAGGUAGGUAGUAGGUGUAAAGUUGGCCAAACAGUGGCCAUGAUAGAGGCAUUUGAUGAGGAAGUUAGUUGGUUUAGGAAUCAUGCUCAGUUUAAGCAUAUAUUCCACAUGCCUAAGGAACCAAAUCACAUGAUUCAAGGCAUGUGGAUGCUUAUGCUUCGCACUGCUCGCACGGGUAUGGAGAAUGAGUGUUGGUUUGUUGUGAAUGGAGUGCCUAUAAGGUACUCCUUGAAAGAGCAUGCUUUGUUGACCGGGUUGGACUGCCAUGAGUACCCAAAGAAUCAUGAGAAGAAGGGUAGUUUGAGGUUUGUCAGGAGGAUGUUUGGGAGGACAGACCUAAUCAAAAUCAAAGAUGUAGAAAAGAAGUUGGCAGCUAUUAAGAGUGAGAAGUGUUUGGAUAGGAAGAAGUUGAUUAUUUUGUUGUUUUUAUGUGCGGUUGUGAAGGCUGAUUCUAAGGGUGAUGGGAACAUAGAGCAAUUCCUGUUAAGGAUUGUUGAUGAUGUUCAUGCUUGUGAGAUAUUCCCGUGGGGAAGGUAUUCUUUUGAGCAAUGUAUGACAGGGAUCCGGAGAAUGAUGAAAAACAUGAAAGGUGAGGUGAAACCAAAAGCACAGAGCAGCUUUUUUGGAUUCAUCACUCCUCUUGAGAUUUUUGCAUUUGAGUGCAUACCACAGCUUGGAAGGCGAUUCAGAGAAGCUGUUCCCGCAGCUAAUGACUGUCCAAGAAUGUGCAAAUCUAAAUUCACUGAUAGUUGCAUGAAGGGCUUUACCUUGGAUGAAAUAAACCAAGCCCUUAGUGAAAUUAAGGAUAUCUCAAGCAUCUUGGAACCUGAUAUGGAUGAGAAAGAGAUGUUGUCUGGCCUUGUUGAGAAAGAUGUUGAUGAAGGGAUGGGAUUUAUUGAUCCAGUUGUUGAAGGUUGGAGAGAGCAGCUGAUCAGAAAGAAGAAGAAAAUCUGGUGGAAAAGUCUAUACCAGAUGGACUUGCAGGCUCGGGGUUUUGGUGAUGUUGUCCCUGAAGUGGCUGAGAGGCUUGGUGAUGUUAAAGAAAGUGAUGGUGAAGUCCCUGAGAGGCUUGGUGAUAUCCUCUCAUUACAGUCAGCUGUGGACAAAGGAUUUGCGAAGAUCAUGGAGAAGUUGUCUGAGAUGGAUAGCAAAGUGAGUAUGCUGGAUGGGAGAGUGAAAGACUUAGAGGGUUAUGUGUCAGUCUAGCUAGAGAAAGAGCGGUACAAUGAGUAUCAUCCAGGGACUUCAAGUGAUUUUGUGCCAACCUAUUGUACACCAACUGCUAAUCAACCAAUAGCGAGUCCGACAAAGGCUUUGGUCCUUCACAGUGGUUUCACAGACCCUAAGCCAAUCCAGAUUCAAGAAUUGAGUGAGUUUACAUUUUUGUAGUUUUUAUUGUAACAUACAUGUUCUAACAUUGGAGUUGUGUAGGUGAUGAAGGUGAUCAGGAGCAGCUGGCUAGGAAAGAGAAGGAGAACAAGAAGAAGAAAGCAGUGAGGCCGAAGCAUAGUGGCCCUACAAUCCAGACCGGGAAAAAGAGACAAAGGAAGGCUUCCAGGUUUCAGGCUGAAGAGUUUACAGCAGAGGGGAAGGGGAAGGGGAAGAAGCGGCAGAAGAAAUAGGUGAUCUUUAUGAGAGAUCACUCUUUAUGAGUAAUUGCUUUUGUGUAGGACAAAACUUAUAUUUUCUGAGUAUUUUGCGGUUAUCUUUUAUUAGGAUUCAAAACAUUGUACUAUCUUUUGGUUGUGUUGUGGUUUAGGUGCAUUUUUUGUA